UAUGGUGAGAGAGAGGCUAAAGUAUAUUUCUUCCCUGUCUCUCUCUCCUCCCUCUUUAUUCUCUCUCUCUCUCUACACUGUCCGUCGCUCUGUCUGUUUGUUGUGUGCCUGCGUGUGGGAGCGCCCUCUCCUUCUCUCUCUAUCUCCCCCCUCUCACACUUCCCCUACCCUCAUUCUGCCAUCCCACAGCCCAAACCCACGACUUGCGGAGAAAAAUCUCGCAGGGAGAAGGAGCGAGGGGAUAGCAUCGUCGGCUGCCGCUUUCCUCAGGUGCUGAUGCAAGGUUUCCAAAAGCUCAAUAGUCUCACCUGACGCGAGGCAAUCACUCUGAAGGUAUAGUUGGAUCAGUUAUUUGUUUCAGAACAUGGGUUCGCGGUUUCCAUCCCACCAGCUAAGCAAUGGCCUUUAUGUCUCGGGCCGACCCGAGCAACCUAAGGAGAAGGGCCCAGUCAUUUGCUCCACAGCUAUGCCGUAUACUGGUGGCGACAUUAAGAAAUCUGGAGAGCUUGGAAAGAUGUUUGACCUCCAUCGAAAAUCUGGUCCUUUGGGAAAUCAACCUUCAAGGAAUACUUCAUUUGGUGGUGCUGGCUCCAACUCUGGACCAGUUUCUAACGCCGUUGGUCGCUCCAACUACUCUGGUUCUAUUUCAUCAGUAGUUCCUGGCACUGGAGGAUCGUCAAGGACAAAAUCUAAUUCUGGACCGCUCAAUAAGCAUGGAGAACCGACAAAGAGGUCGUCUGGCCCCCAAUCUGGUGGAGUUACCCCGAUGGCCCGCCAGAACUCUGGCCCUCUGCCUCCUGUUCUUCCUACAACUGGGCUAAUCACAUCAGGUCCUAUCACCUCAGGUCAGAUGAAUUCAUCUGGCGCUACACGAAAAGUAUCAGGCCCUCUUGAUUCUAGUGUAUCAAUGAAGAUGCGUACCACCUCUUUUGCACACAACCAGGCUGUCACAAAUCUCAAUGAGGAAGAUGGUUACUCGAUUAAGGGCAGCAUUCCAAACACAAUAUUCUGGUUGGUCACAUUGCUCUUUGUGGUUGGGUUUGUGGCAGGCGGCUUCAUUCUCGGCGCUAUUCAUAAUCCAAUUUUGCUCAUCGUUGUUGUGGUGAUUUUUGGUUUUGUCGCUGCACUUGUGACCUGGAACAUCUGCUGGGGAACAAAAGGUGUGACUGGGUUUGUCAGUCGCUAUCCUGAUGCAGAUCUUAGAGCCGCAAAAGAUGGAGAGUAUGUGAAGGUUACUGGGGUUGUUACUUGUGGAAAUCUCCCCCUUGAGUCAUCAUUCCAAAGGGUUCAAAGAUGUGUUUACACAUCAACUUGCUUGUAUGAGUAUAGAGGUUGGGAUUCGAAAGCUGCAAACACUCAGCAUCGCCGAUUUACUUGGGGACUCAGGUCAAUGGAGAGGCAUGCAGUGGAUUUCUAUAUCUCUGAUUUCCAAUCGGGACUGCGAGCAUUGGUCAAAACAGGAUAUGGUGCACAUGUAACCCCAUAUGUUGACGAGUCUGUUGUCAUUGACAUAAACCCAGACAACAAGGACAUGUCACCUGAAUUUCUGAGGUGGCUACGGGGAAAGAAUCUCUCAAGCGAUGAUCGGAUAAUGCGCCUCAAAGAAGGAUACAUCAAGGAGGGCAGCACUGUGAGUGUCAUGGGAGUUGUUCAAAGGAACGACAACGUGCUGAUGAUUGUUCCUCCAGCUGAUCCCAUCUCCACCAGCUGCCAGUGGGGCAAGUGCAUCCUCCCAACCAGCCUCGACGGACUGGUCCUGAGAUGCGAAGAUACCUCAGACAUGGAGGUGAUACCAGUCUAGCUAGCUUUGUUCUGGCUCUUCUCCGGAGAAAGAAAAAAGAUGCCUGUUAAAAAUCUUUUGACUUUUGAUUUUGUUUCUGUGGGAUGUUAGGAUUGAAAGGAUGCGCAAAUGCAGGGUGUGAUUAUGGUUAAGUACAAUAUCAGUGGUCAGUUACCUGGGGCUUGGUUGUAUAGUAUUAUAUGUGCUUUUCUCUUUCUUUUUUGGUUGAGCCAUUGAUGGAUACUUGUAACAUGGAUGGCAUGAUGUCAGUAUUACAAUGGAGCUGUUUGGAGAUUUAGCCGUUUCCAGUUAAUAUGUUUUUUGGUUGUAGGA